AAAUGACAACUAUCGAGAAAACUGAGCGAGAGCUGAACGACGCCAACGUGCAGUUGGAAGACGCGAAGAGGGCGUUGCAGGUGUUUAAGGAAGGCGAAGGGAAGCUGUUGGUGACACUGAGACUGAAGGAGUUGAGGGAGGACAUCAAUGCAAAGGAGCAAGCUGCGCUGAAGAGGCUGGCGGACGAGGAGACCAGGCUGACAGCAGAAGUGACCAAGUGGAGUGACGAGGUGUUGAAGAGCAGGGAAGACCUGCGACGGGCGCGGGCUCAGCUAGGUAACGACUUUGUGACUCGGGCAUUGGGGACCUAG